GCAAGUCAUGAGCAGGAAAUCCGUCAAAGGGCAACAUUACAACUGACUUUGAAACCUCAAAACGCUGCUACAGUCAGCGGAGAGUGGAGCAAUCAGACAGUAGCAUGCGAAAUGGCAGACGUGGUGGAGAGUAGUACCGACAAGUCCUCGGGCAACCAGACUGGGAAACAUUCCUGGAGUGUCGAGGGGCUGACAGAGAGCUCACCUGAUGGGAAGAUGACAUUCGACGAUGCUGGGUUCUCAACUGUCCUCCAGGGUGCCCUGGAGGACCUCCGCCUGGAGAGGGCCCUGACAGAUGUUGUGCUGUGUGUGGAUGACAGGGAGUUCUCCUGCCACCGGGUGGUCCUGGCAGCUGCUAGCAGUUACUUCAGGGCGAUGUUUUGUAAUGACCUUAAAGAAAAACAUGAAGAAAAGAUAGUGAUUAAGGGUGUCGAUGCCGAUACCAUGCAGACGUUAUUGGAUUACACUUACACCAGCAAAGUCUACAUCACCAGACAGAAUGUCCAGCAGAUCCUGGAGGCCGCCAGUCUCUUUCAGUUCCUGCGGAUGGUGGAUGCCUGCGCCAGCUUCCUCAUGAAUGCAUUGCACCCAGAUAACUGUGUGGGGAUCCUCAGGUUGGCUGACACACACUCCCUGGACAGCCUGAGGAGAUGUGUCCAGAACUACAUUAUACAGAACUUCCCUCAGGUGCUGACACAUGAGGAGUUGCUGGAGCUGCCAGCGGAGAUUCUGUCUGAUAUCCUCAGAAGCGACGAGCUCUAUGUCACGGACGAGGAGCAGGUGUUUGAGACGGUGACCCGGUGGGUGCGCUACCGAGAGCCUGAGAGGCGGCAUCAGCUGGUCCAGGUCCUGAAGCAUGUCCGCCUGCCCCUCUUGGACCCCUGGUUUUUUGUGGAACAAGUGGAAGGCAACGAACUUGUUCGGCAAAACCCUGACGUGUUCGAUUUGUUGCAAGAAGCCAGGAUGUACCAUCUGUCAGGCAAUGAGAUUAUUUCGGAGAGGACAAAGCCCCGGAUGCAGGAGUUCCAGUCAGAAGUCUUCAUGAUAAUAGGCGGCUGCACCAAGGAUGAGAAGUUUGUGUCGGAGGUGACCUGUUUAGACCCUCUCCGGCGAAGUCGCCUGGAAGUGGCCAAACUGCCUAUCACAGAGCUGGAGUUAGAGAGUGAGAACAAGAAGUGGGUGGAGUUCGCAUGCAUCACAUUCCGUAAUGAGGUUUACAUCUCAGGUGGUAAAGAAACACAGCAUGAGGUGUGGAAGUACAAUGCCUCCUUAAAUAAAUGGAUUCAGGUUGAAUAUUUAAACACCGGACGGUGGCGGCACAAGAUGGCAGUUCUGAGUGGCAAGGUGUAUGCAGUGGGAGGUUUUGAUGGCAUUACACGCCUCAACAGUGUGGAAGCAUACGACUCCUUUCAUAACAGCUGGUCAGAGGUGGUCCCACUCCUCGUAAAUGUCAGCUCGUUUGCUGCUACCACCUAUAAUAAGAAACUCUAUGUCAUUGGAGGAGGGCCCAAUGGGAAGCUGGCCACAGACAGGACCCAAUGCUAUGACCCUGCAGCCAAUAAAUGGAGCCUCAAGUCACCUAUGCCUGUUGAAGCCAAGUGCAUCAAUGCCGUUACGUUCAAUGACCACAUUUAUGUUGUCGGUGGUGCAAUGAAGGCCCUUUACUGCUACAGCCCCAUUGAAGACUUAUGGACUCUGGUCACACAGUUUGGUCACGAACGCGCCAGCUGUGGGAUUGCGGCCUGCAACAACAAACUCUUCAUCACCGGGGGCCGCGACGAGAAGAACGAGGUUAUUGCCACCGUCUUGUGCUGGGACACAGAGAAGGAAAAGCUGACGGAGGAGUGUGUCUUGCCCCGUGGGGUAUCGCACCACGGCAGUGUCACCGUUAGAAAGUCCUACACACACAUCCGUCGCAUUGUUCCCGGAGCUGUCUCCGUAUGACAGUCGGCAAAAUCAUGGGCAACUUUUACUCACCUCCUGAGGGGCUGCCUCAGGGCUUCCCAUGAGUCUGCGUUCUCCUGAACUUCUAUCUCAACCAUUGGAUGCGUUUAACAAAACAUUUUCCUGUCACCAUGAUUUGAUCCUUUUGGAUGUCACCAGAGAAAUGGCUGUACGAUCUUUGCACACGAACCUUGUGGGACAAACACUGCAUUGUCAAAAUAUUUGGAAACUGGAAUCUAAUCCAGAAAGAUUCCUUGCAUUUUUUGGCUAAUAAAGCAGCUACACACUAGUCAUAGAGGAUACACACUGGGUAAACAUUGCAAUAUAUUGGAAACACAUUGGAAACAGAACAAUAUGGAGUAAAUAUGUGGGAGCAGAGGUAUAUGGAGAGAGGAUACAACACUGGUUCAAUGAGUUAAACUAUAGGGACAGGUUGCGUAGACUAAGCUGGUGGGCAAGGAUAUUAUGGUGAGUGAGUAGUUAGAGUAAAGAUACAGAUCAACCAUUAUGGCCCAGAUCUCGUGGUCCUAAUAAAGGCAAUGCUAUCGGGGUUCAAAAGGGAGUUGCAGCUGCCAACUUAUGCUGCCAGCUGCACAGACUUAUGCUGGCAAAAGGAAGUAGUGAUACUUGAGAAUAUGCUCCUCCAGAGCUUCUGAUAAUGGUCCUGCUGGGCCACUUUGUAAAGUGGCAGGGACCUGUAUUUAAUGAAUUUGGGCUGAUUGCCCACAUAUAACACUGGGUUUAACGCUAUUUAAAUGAGAGCUGAUAUUAGCAGGCAUAAAGCCUGAUGAUGAGUGGUUCAGCCAUGUAUUAGAUACUAUAAAUCCCUUUAAUACGUUACAAAUCUCUGCAACAUGACAUCCUCCAGCUCAUAAUGAUGCUAUUCCCCAAAUAUCUUUAUUAAAUUUCAGAUAAAUUUGUCUUUGCAUAUUUGUACAAUAUCAA